AUGGGUCAAAUCAAGUACUCCGAGAAGUACUUCAACGACACCUAUGAGUACAGGUAUUUAGUCCUCCCGCCCGAGGUCGCCAAGCUCCUCCCCAAGAACCGCCUCCUAUCCGAGAACGAGUGGCGCGCGAUCGGAGUGCAGCAGAGCCGCGGGUCGGUGCACUACGCGAUCCACCACCUGGAGACGCACAUCAUGCUGUUCCGCCGCCGGAUCAACUACCAGCAGCAGUAGGAGGCGGCUUCCGCGCAGAUGCUGGCCAAGUGAGCCCCCGGUGGCCGGAGCUACGACCAGGAACGUUUAAAACCCUAACCCCCUUUCCAUCUCUAAAAGGGGCGUCGCUGUUCUGUUGAUCAAUUCCUCUAUGCUGUUAGUUGGAAACUUCGGGUGUAGUUGGUCGAUUUGCUGGUGUGUGCCUUGUGUUCGUGGAAAUUCCUGUGAAGGAACUGUCAUGUGUUAGGCUAUUACCGUGCCCAUUUUAUUAAUACUAUGUGUUGACUGUGAUCAAGAUGGCACUCCCAGUGAUUAUAUUUAAUCUGUUUAACGUGAUC